AUGUUAGGUGAUAUCCAGCAGCCAGUGUGCGUGGGAGGAUCCAGUAGGGCGACUCCACAGUUUAAAAAAGUUCUUGAAGUGGGUCCUUUCUUCUCUCCCUUCCGCUUCAACAAGUCCUGGCUCUCCGCCUCUGCGACGCACACCGAGUGGCGGCUCUUAGUGGAGGAAAGAAAGGAGGCCAUUCACGGUACCCCCACAGCGCUGAGGACGCUCAGGAACCCGGCGACCCCGGUGCCACGCACCACUAACAGCACGUAUCUGAAUGAGAAGUCAUUGCAACUGAGAGAGAAAUGCAAAAAUCUGCAAUAUGGCCUUGCUGCUUUAUCGAACAAAACCAAAGGGUAUUCAGAGAAGGACUACCUUCAGAUUAUCACAAAUAUACAGAGCUGUCCAUGGAAACGACAAGCAGAAGAAUAUGAGAAUUUUAGAGCAAAACUUGCUUCCUGUUGUGAUGCUGUUCAGAACUUCGUUGUUUCUCAAAAUAACACUCCAGUUGGGACUAACAUGAGUUACGAAGUGGAAAGUAAGAAAGAAAUCCCAAUUAGAGAGAACAUUUUUCAUAUGUUUCCAGUGUCCCAGCCCUUCAUGGAGUACCCUUAUAAUCAGUGUGCUGUGGUUGGAAAUGGGGGAAUUCUGAAUAAGUCUCUGUGUGGAGCUGAAAUAGAUAAAUCCGACUUCGUUUUUAGGUGUAACCUCCCCCCAACCACAGGAAAUGUCAGUAAAGAUGUUGGCAGUAAAACAAACCUUGUGACUGUAAAUCCCAGUAUCAUAACACUGAAAUAUGGAAAUUUAAAGGAAAAGAAGGCACUAUUUCUGGAAGACAUUGCAACCUAUGGAGACACAUUCCUUCUCCUGCCAGCGUUUUCCUUCAGGGCCAAUACGGGCACCUCUUUUAAAGUGUUCUACACACUAAAAGAGUCUAGAGCAAGACAAAAAGUUCUGUUUUUCCAUCCCAAGUACCUGAAACAUCUUGCCCUUUUCUGGAGAACUAAAGGUGUGACUGCAUACCGCUUGUCCACCGGCUUGAUGAUCACAAGUGUUGCAGUAGAACUGUGUGAAAAUGUGAAGCUGUAUGGAUUUUGGCCCUUCUCUAAAACUGUAGAAGACACACCUGUCAACCACCACUACUAUGACAACACAUUACCUAAGCGUGGUUUCCAUCAGAUGCCUAAAGAAUAUAUACAAAUCCUUCAACUUCAUGUCAAAGGAAUUCUGAAGCUACAAUUUAGCAAAUGUGAACUGGCCUAAACAAAGUGUGUGAAGAUGGGAGUAAUUUUAAUAUAAUGCUAUAGGUGACUAAUAGUGUUUCUAGACACUAAUGAAAGUGGUUACCAAGUAGAUAACAAGAGCCCCCAAACUUAAUUUGACCAAAGCUCCCUCACUAACUUUGCAACGUCAACAAGUCACCCAAUUAUUCUGAUCUUUAGUUUCCUUCUCUGUAAAAUAGGAGUCAUGGUAUCUGAUUCACACAAGGAAAUAUGUAAUUUAUGAAAACUCUUGGCAAAGCAUUUGGUGUGAGGUAGGGACUUAAUAAAUUUUUCCUUGUUAAUGUUUAUAAUAGCCAUCUCCAUACUGACCAUAGUGAAGAUAAAUAAAUAUGUUGUCUCCAAGACCCUUUCUAAAGAGAACAGUUAAAUUGCCAGUAUUCCUUGGGUUUCUUUCUCCGGCAGGCUUUUCUUUAUUAGUAAUAUCUUUCCCACUUUUCUUUCUGUCUUAAAGAAUGCAUACAAGAAAACUAUAUACUUAAACAAGAGGUCGUUGAUUCUUCAGGAAUGAAAUUAUUUUCGUAUAACAAUGUGCCUGUUUCCGAUUAAAUUCCCUUGUGAUAU